AUGACCACCUGCCAUUCAUCAUUCAUCCCCCUGCAGGCCAUGUUUCACUGGAUCUGCCCUCCAGCCAGCUGGGCCUGGGCCCCCAGGCCUGGGUCUCACAAGAUCUGGCUUUCAGAGAUUGUUCGUGAGUUCAAGUCAACUAAUCGCUUACUUUUAACUGGGACACCUUUGCAGAAUAACUUGCAUGAACUCUGGGCAUUGCUUAACUUCUUAUUGCCGGAUGUCUUUAAUUCUGCAGAUGACUUUGAUUCUUGGUUUGACACUAAGAAUUGCCUUGGUGAUCAAAAACUUGUGGAAAGACUCCAUGCAGUUUUAAAACCAUUUUUAUUACGCCGUAUAAAAACUGAUGUAGAGAAGAAUCUGCCUCCCAAAAAGGAAACAAAGAUAUACUUGGGACUGAGUAAAAUGCAAAGAGAGUGGUAUACAAAAAUUCUGAUGAAAGAUAUUGAUGUUUUAAACUCUGCUGGCAAGGUGGACAAGAUGCGACUCUUGAAUAUUCUGAUGCAGCUCCGAAAGUGUUGUAAUCAUCCUUAUCUAUUUGAUGGUGCAGAGCCUGGUCCACCUUAUACGACAGAUGAACACAUUGUCAUAAAUAGUGGUAAAAUGGUGGCUCUGGAUAAGCUAUUGGCGAGAAUUAAAGAACAGGGGUCAAGAGUUCUCAUUUUUAGCCAGAUGACUCGACUCCUAGACAUUUUGGAGGAUUAUUGUAUGUGGCGUGGUUAUGAAUAUUGUCGACUGGAUGGACAAACCCCACAUGAAGAAAGAGAGGAAGCAAUAGAGGCCUUCAAUGCUCCAAAUAGCUGCAAAUUCAUCUUUAUGCUGAGUACAAGGGCUGGAGGUCUUGGAAUAAACCUGGCAAGUGCUGAUGUGGUUAUUCUAUAUGAUUCAGACUGGAAUCCACAGGUUGAUUUACAAGCUAUGGAUCGGGCACAUCGCAUUGGUCAGAGGAAGCCAGUAAGAGUCUUCCGUCUCAUUACUGACAACACUGUGGAAGAGAGGAUUGUAGAGAGAGCUGAGAUAAAACUGAGACUUGACUCAAUUGUUAUACAGCAAGGAAGACUCAUUGACCAACAGUCUAACAAACUGGCGAAAGAAGAAAUGUUACAAAUGAUACGUCAUGGAGCCACCCAUGUUUUUGCCUGUAAAGAAAGUGAGCUGACAGAUGAAGAUAUUACAACUAUUCUAGAAAGAGGUGAAAAGAAGACUGCAGAGAUGAAUGAACGCAUGCAGAAAAUGGGAGAGUCAUCUCUAAGAAAUUUUAGAAUGGACCUUGAACAAAGUUUGUACAAGUUUGAAGGAGAAGAUUACAGAGGAAAACAGAAGCUUGGCAUGGUGGAAUGGAUUGAACCUCCUAAACGGGAACGCAAAGCGAACUACGCAGUGGAUGCUUACUUUAGAGAGGCUUUGCGAGUCAGCGAGCCAAAGAUACCAAAGGCUCCUCGGCCUCCAAAACAGCCAAAUGUUCAGGAUUUUCAAUUUUUCCCACCACGUUUGUUUGAGCUCCUGGAAAAGGAAAUUCUUUAUUAUCGGAAGACUAUAGGAUAUAAGGUCCCAAGGAACCCUGAGAUCCCCAAUCCAGCUAUAGCUCAAAGAGAAGAGCAAGAAAAGAUUGAUGGAGCUGAACCUCUUACACCACAAGAGACUGAAGAGAAGGAUAAACUUCUCACACAAGGCUUCACAAACUGGACUAAGCGAGAUUUUAACCAGUUUAUUAAAGCCAAUGAGAAGUAUGGGAGAGAUGACAUUGAUAAUAUAGCUCGAGAAGUAGAGGGCAAAUCCCCUGAGGAGGUCAUGGAGUAUUCAGCUGUAUUUUGGGAACGCUGCAAUGAAUUACAGGACAUUGAGAAAAUAAUGGCUCAAAUUGAACGUGGAGAAGCAAGAAUUCAGCGAAGGAUCACUAUUAAGAAAGCACUGGAUGCCAAAAUUGCAAGAUACAAGGCUCCAUUUCAUCAAUUGCGUAUUCAGUAUGGAACCAGCAAAGGAAAGAAUUAUACUGAAGAAGAAGACAGAUUCUUGAUCUGUAUGUUACACAAAAUGGGCUUUGACAGAGAAAAUGUGUAUGAAGAAUUAAGACAAUGCGUACGGAAUGCUCCCCAGUUUAGAUUUGACUGGUUUAUCAAGUCCAGAACUGCCAUGGAAUUUCAGAGACGCUGUAAUACUUUGAUUUCUUUGAUUGAAAAAGAAAACAUGGAAAUUGAGGAAAGAGAAAGAGCAGAAAAGAAGAAACGGGCAACUAAAACUCCAAUGUCACAGAAAAGAAAAACAGAGUCAGCCACUGAGAGCUCUGGAAAGAAGGAUGUCAAGAAGGUGAAAUCCUAAAGCCUAGAAAUAAGGUUUUAAAUGGGAAAUUGCUAUUUUCUUGUUCCCAUCUUCAAAUGCUAAUUGCCAGUUCCAGUAUAUUAAUGGUACUCUAAGGAAAAAAAAAACCUCUUUGGUUUUGGUUUCUUGCAUAUUUUAUAUAUUUUACAAAGCUUUCUACCUGAAAUGUGUAGCUUUCUAUUUUACGCAUUCUAGUAUUUUGUGUACUGUAUUUUUUUGUGCAUUUCAUGUCUUCAUCAAAUUCCUCUAAGUCCUUGUUUUUUUGAAGCUUGUGCUGAGGUUUUAGCUUUUCUAUGUUUUAUAUGCUGCUGCUUUGAAAGAGAACCUAGAUUCUAUAGUUGUAUUAUUGUUGCUUCAGACUUUAAAAUUUGUAUGGCUGUGGAAAAAAAUGAAUUAAAAUGAUUUGAGGAGAAAGACUUUUUCACUUCUUUGUUGCUUCCUUUUCUAUUGGGUCUGGGCUUGUAUGUAUUACUGCAUACUGUGACUAAUAUAAUAAUUGUUUCUUUGAAGUCAUCUAAAUAUUUUUUCCUAAAGAAAUAAAGGGUGAGAAAAGAAAAAUAUUAAAAAAAACUUGAUAUUUGAUAUCAUGCUUGCUGUCAGUAUGCAUUACAUUUAAAUUAUUCUCUAAA